AUGAACAAACAAAUCUCGCUCUUAUUUUUCUUGGUUGUUCUAAUCUUUAUUCUCUCUCCAUCGGUCAAUGCUGGCGAUGAUCCGUCUAAAGUAAAAAGAGGAGGAGUAGAGACGCCAUGCUGCGAACCGAAGCCCAAGCAAUGCUGCGAUUGUAUACUCGAUUAUUGUAACUUUAUACCUGCAAGAUGCGAUAAACAUCAACGAAUACUUGGUCAAAUUCAGUUUCAACAAUUUAAAAAUUGUUCCAUAAAAGCCACCGGUUAUAUAACUAAAGCCAAGGCUUGCUGUGAAAAUUGUGAUGAUGUCGUGAGUCCACCAAACUUAGAUGUCCAUGUCGUCGAACCAACUAAUUACGGUAAUAUACACUUAGAUCUCGACACUAUUGUUACUUUAGGCGUGCCUUUUUCAAAAUGGAUUACCCCCUUAGUAGUUGGUGGAACCUUAAAUGGAUUCAAUCAGCUUACUUGUUUGGUGGCGAUCGACAAUUCAGGCUCCGAAAAUAGCGAUUACAUUCUUGGAACAGCCCCGGUCAUUAUGGUUUAA